AUGUUUUCUGGUCAGAUGCAAGGUCAAGACGAGCUUAUGGGUUUUUUUGGAGAUGUGGUGGUAUUUGAUACGACGUUCAACACGAACCGCUAUGGGAUGGUCUUUGCGCCUUUGUUAGGCGUUAAUAACCAUCGGCAGACAGGGUUGUUUGGUUGUGCAUUCCUAACUAGUAAAACUACGGAUUCAUUUGUAUGGUUGUUAGAGGAAUUCAAGAAAGCCACGCCGAGUGAGCCACCCAAAAUGAUCAUCACUGAUCAAGAUGCAGCCAUGUCAAAGGCAAUUGCUGUAACUCUCCCGACAAUAUUCCAUAGAUAUUGCAUAUGGCAUAUCUUGAAUAAGAUUACAAAGAAACCCGGCAUUGAAGAAUGUUUUUCGGAAAUGAACAAAUGCAUAUGGGGUAUGGACAAGAAAGAAGAAUUUGAUAGGAAAUGGGAGGAAAUAAUCACAAACAAUGGGUUGCAAGACCAUGCGUGGCUGAGCUCAAUUCAUGCUAUGUGGGAGAAUUGGGUUCCAUCAUAUGUAAAACAUGUGUUUUCGGCUGGGAUGUCAAGUAGUCAACGGGCCAAAAGCUGUCAUUCAUUUUUCAAACAAUAUAUUAACCUGAAAAACACAUUGAUGGAAUUCAUUGUACGUUUUGAGAGAGCUUUUGCUUCACAAAGACACAAGGAGUUAAUGGCUGAUUGUGUUGAUAACAAUAAAAAACCUCCACUGCCAUUUCAAACACCAAUGCAACAUCAAAUGGGACGCAUUUACACUUGGGAAAUUAUGGAAAUGUUUGAGAGGGAAGACUUCAGAAGUUUUUUAUGCUUGUUCGAGCUUGUAGACGAAGAUGAGACGCACUGCAGAUACAAAGUGAGUGAGAGGGUAAAUCCAGGGGUGACACGGAUGAAGGAGCUUGUGCAUGAUAAAGAUGCCGAUAAAGCUUAUUGCAGCUGCAAAGGAUUUGAAUUUUGGGGUUUUGAGUUGCUGGAAAAAUCUUUUGAGGACAUUCGUGGAAAGCUUACAAGGUUGGUGUCAUCAAGAGCUCAUGUUGAAGAACCCAAUGGAAAUGUCGGAACUAGUUAUCCCCAACUCAGAAUCAAAGAUCCACAUUGA